CGUCAGGACGCGGUUGACCCUCGUCUCGAGUCGCGCUGUGUAAACGUGAGCGUUUCAGUUUAAUGACACGGUUUGGUGGGUGAACUUCGAGAAGUGGAAUCAAACGUCCCCGAAAACUUUGUGACAAAAGUAGUAUUUCACCUCCACGUCUCUCUCCCUCCUCCUCCCCCCCCCCCGACGGAACUGAGCGCGCGCAGGGCGGAUGCCGGCCGCGCACAGACGGUUUGCGGUGAGCUGCCUGUCUCUCCGUCAGUGAGCCUGCGCGGCUCGAUGUGCGACAGCGGCAGGAGGCGGAAGAAGGACAGACAGUUCAAGUGGCUGAAGGUCGGCGUGGAUGGCACCGAGGUCCCGCUGAGCAGAGCGACCAAGUGGCGAGUCGGGGGGUGGGUGGGGGGUCUGUACGUCAAACUGCGAGAGGUCGGCAUGGACGGGAAGGGCACGCUCAAGAUGUUCACCCGCAAGAAGCGGGAACUGAUCAAGACGCCGUCCAUCUCGAAGAAGAGCCGAGCGGGAAGCCCCGGGUCGCAGAGCAGCGCGUCGUCUCUCUCCAUCCUCCAGGAGCUGCCUCGGAAAGAUGCCGGCGACAUCACCCUCUCCACUUCCCCCUUGUCUACUUCCUGUUCCUCAACGCUCACUCCAGUGUCUGCCGGGCUCCAGGAGCCCUCCAUGUCAUGCCCGGGUACCCCCAGUUCCCAGCACAGUAAGCUGGCGGCAAUGCAGGGGAUGGGCUGCCCGUCGCCUGGCUCCACCCUGAAGAGGCCGACUGCACUGAGCAGACACGCCAGCGCCGCAGGGUUCCCCCUCCAGUCCUGGGUGUUCACUAAGGGACAGGGAAAAGGGGCCUCGACCCCAAGUCCUCCGUCAGAGGGUCCAGAGAGCACAGCCAUCGAAGUGGCGGACAUCCCGGCCCUGCUGAGGGACGUGGCGCGCUUCGCUGAGGCUGUGGAGAAACUGAAGGAUGUGGUGCUGGCUGAAUGUAAGGAGAGUCAGCGUCCUGUUGCCCAUGAGUGUUUGGGGGAGGUCCUGCGGGUGCUGCGUCAGGUCAUUAACACCUACCCUCUGCUCAACACCGUGGAAAUCCUCACUGCUGCCGGAAAGCUCAUAUCCAAGGUCAAAGGUUUCCACUACGAGGCUUGUAACGAAGCGGACAAAAAAGAAUUUGAGAAGGCGAUUGAAACCAUUGCAGUUGCUUUUAGCAGCAAUGUGUCUGAACUGCUGAUGGGGGAGGUGGACAGCAGCACGCUGCUCUCCCUGCUGCCCACUGAGAAAAGCAGGUCGAUGGAGAACCUGUACAGUGCGACGGGCCCGGGAGCAGACGGAGGCCACUUCAGGAGCGACCUGCAGGACAUGGGCCGAGUUGAAGAAGUGGAUGUGAUCCUCCAGCGCAGUGAGGGUGGAGUGGACUCUGCUCUGCUCUAUGCCAAAACCAUUUCCAAGUACAUGAAGGACCUGAUUAACUACGUGGAGAAGAGAAUUUCACUGGAGACCGAGUUCUCCAAAGGCCUCCAGAGAUUAUACCAGUCCUGCAAACACAGCAUAACGCAUCCCCACAUGCCCCUGUUCUCCAUCUACUCUCUGGCUCUGGAGCAGGACCAGGAGCAGAGUGUGGGGCUGCAGCAGGCCAACACCACCCUGCACAACCAGACCUUCAUCCAGCCGCUGAUUCAGCGGAAACAGGAGCAUGAAAAAAGACGGAAGGAGAUCAAGGAACACUGGAUUCGAGCCAAGAGAAAACUGAUGGAGUGUGAGGUGAACCUGCGGAAGGCCAAGCAAGCCUACAUGGCCCGCUGCGAGGAGUACGACAAGGCCAAAACCGCAGCCUGCCGAGCAGAGGAGGAGGGAGGGGGAUCUACAGCAAAGUCUCUGGAGAAGAAGAAAAGAUUAGAAGAGGAGGCCCGAAAUAAGGCAGACGAAGCGGAGGCCACCUACCGGACAUGUAUCGCAGAUGCUACCGCUCAGCAUCUGGAUCUGGAGCACUCGAAGGUCACAGUGCUGAGACAGCUGCAGGACGUCAUCAAACAGAGCGACCAGACCCUUCGCUCGGCGACCAUCUCCUACUACCAGCUCAUGCACAUGCAAACGGUGGCCUUGCCCGUCCACUACCAGACUCUGUGUGAGAGCAGUAAGCUGUACGACCCAGGCCAGCAGUACGCCGCCCACGUGCGAGACCUGCUGUUACCAGAACAGCCGAAUGUUCACUACACAUUUGAGGCCUACUCCCCCUCCAGCUCCUUGUCACACCACGGCCACAGACCAAGGAAUGACAGUUUCAACAUGGAGCAGACGAGCAGCACAGACAGUCCUGCGGCCAGCGCGAGAGACGCAGAGGUUCAGCGCAAGAGACAAGGCCACAAGUCCUGGGGUUCAACAGUGAGUGAUGACAGCGUUGCAGGAGAUGGAGGCCUCGAGUCCCCCACUGCCAGCACAAGUGACAUCAAUAAAAUCGCCCGGACAUCAUCCACUGGAACAAUGUCAUCCAAUGAAGAUGGAGAUGAGAAAGAUGGGAAUGUCACUUCAUUUGACUCUCCAAAUAUUAACGGCAUGGAUCCUGAUGUGGUGGUGUCCACCAGACCUUUCCGCAACAUCGGCCUGUCCAAAGCAGCCCACACUCACCGACUGAGGAAGCUGCGGGCUCCUGCCAAGUGUCGCGAGUGUGACAGCUACGUUUACUUCCAGGGGGCCGAGUGCGAAGAGUGUUUCCUGGCAUGUCACAAGCGCUGUCUGGAGACUCUGGCCAUCCAGUGUGGCCACAAGAAGCUUCAGGGCCGCCUGCAGCUGUUCGGCAGGGAGUUCUCUCAGGUGGCCAGCUGUGCCAGUGACGGCAUUCCCUUCAUCAUCACAAAGUGCAUAUCUGAGAUAGAGCGACGUGCAUUCAAGCUGAAGGGCAUCUACAGGGUGAACGGGGUGAAGACUCGGGUUGAGAAACUGUGUCAGGCUUUUGAGAACGGCAAGGAGCUGGUCGAGUUGUCCCAGUGUUCACCACACGACAUCAGCAACGUUCUCAAGCUUUACCUCAGACAGCUGCCAGAGCCCAUCAUGCUGUUCCGCCUGUACAACAGCCUGAUGGGUUUGGCCAAAGAGAGUCUGCAGAGUGAAGGGGAGGAGCCAGAGUCAAGCCGUUUCAACCCAGCAGGGGGUCGGGGGCCGGAGCUGGUGGAUCUGGGUCCAGACACCGAUCCAGACGUCCUGCUGCUGGUGGACAAGCUGAAGGGGCUUCUAAAGGAGCUGCCCAAAGCGAACAUCGCUACACUGCGAUACAUCAUUCGCCACCUCCGAAGGAUUGCAGAACUGGAGGAGGAAAACAGGAUGAGUCCCAGUAACCUGGGGAUUGUGUUUGGCCCCUCUCUGAUGCGUCCCCGUCCGACUGGGGCCACAAUAUCGCUGUCAUCCCUGGUUGAUUACCCUCACCAGGCCCGCAUCGUGGAAGCCCUCAUAGUCUUCUAUUCAUCCAUCUUCCAGUCCAAAACCUCUCAGUCCCACAAAACCUGCCGCUCUACUUCCUCCACUCAGGAGGAUACUAUUGUGGAUGACACGUCGGCGAGUCCUGCCGAUGGAGAGGAAGAUGGAGGCAGAGAGGAGCAGAGUAAACCAGACUCUGACAAGAUGGAGGAGGGAUGUGAAAGUUCUUUGGGCUCAUUGGGCUCCAGCGAGCAGCUCCCAGACUCUGACUCCGAGCUGGACGAGAGUGGCCAGCGGAGCGCACACUCGCGUGGCCUGACGAAGCAGGAGAGCGAGAUGAGCAUGGACGACGACCAGCUGAGCUACAGAGACAGCCUGGACCUGUCCAGCCAGUCCCCGGCCCACACUGACCCAGAACAAGAAGUGGAUCCGGAUCAGGACAACCCAGAGGGAAGAGUGCCCCCUGCUCUGCCAGACAGCGGACCCCCAGACGACAACACGGAGGCAGAGCAGAACCUAUGUGCCUCCGUGGCCGAGCUCAACGUGAACCAGUCUAACAACAACUACCCGUAUUCCUCUAUUUUAAGCCUGGCGGGGCUUCCACUGCCGCAUCUGUGUGGAAAGAAGUUACCUCUGACACGGAACAGGGACAGUGAGCCGGAAUUUGUCUGAUAUCAUCAAAAUAUAACUCCGUUGAGUCUGUGAGAUUAAGUUCAGUGACAGGAACCUGGAUUUUAUGCAUUAAAGUCCUGGUAAAACUAAAACUGAGCAGGUUCUUUUAAUGUGCAAGAUUUUAUCAUUUUUUAACCUAUGUAGGUGGCUGCAGCUGUAUUGAUUUAUCCUGGCAAUGAAACCUCUGCACGCUUACUGCUGCUUCAAGUAAUUAUUCCCGCCAUUUCAAGAGGUUUGACUCAAAUGACUUGUCAUUUGUGUCAGUUUCUAUUUUAAUGUGUUUUGCUCGUUGGUCUUAACAAUCCUGAAGAAAAUGGGUGUUUGUUGUUUUAAUAAAAAUCUUUAUUUUAAA